CUCCUUUGCUUUAGUGUUUGCCUUUGUGACAGUACAUGCAAAAUAGCCAUUACAUGUCAUUACAUAAUGCUUCCCUUGAACUGUUGCAAAUAUCACGCAUUUAAAUUGGCAAAUACAAUAGAUGUUGUACACAACUUAGAGCAGUAGCUUCUACGUGGUAUUUUGGGGAGGUACAAUUAGUAAAUGAACAGAUUCUAUUUUUAAGUUACCUGUAGUGACUCAAAACGCAAGUGACAUGUAGACGAGCACAAGAUCAUGUGACCUGCUCAACUUUAUAGAACAGGCAGAUGCAGUCAGUCCAUACAAAGCUGUCCAUAAUCUUCUCAGAUGCAAUCAACAGGAUUCCAUCGCUAUUCUAUUACAAUACAGAGCCAAAGACAGGGGCAGCUUUAAUUGGGGGGCGAUAUCCACUGGACACUAAUGAUGCUGCACUAUGUUUUCCCAGGAAUCCACUGAAGAUUUUUAAAGAAUUUGUUUAGUAAAAAGUGCACACUGAAAUAUUUUUCCAACUGUUAAAAGGAACCAAAGAACUGCUUGGAAGGCAACAAAGAUGCCGUUCUUCGGUUGGAUGAAAUGGUCGAAGAAUGAUUCUGACAAGACCACUCAGUACCCUGGAUCAGAAGUUGUAACCAAGACUUUGCUAAGGGAGCUGCAGUGGCACCUAGGAGAGCGUGAAAGGUUACUGCAAGAGAUUGAAAAUGAGCAGAGGGUGAGAAAAACAGGAGUGGAUUAUAACUGGCUGAGAAAUUACAGCUUGAAGCCAAGCAUCCCCGUUACAGAACAAAAGCAACUGGAAGUUCUGUGCUCUCAGAUUCAGCCAUGCCACACGGGGACAGUGCUCAGCAGGUUUCGGGAAGUUCUGGCAGAAAACGAUGUGCUACCUUGGGAGAUAGUCUAUAUAUUCAAACAAGUCUUGAAAGAUUUCCUGAGUUCUAUAGAGCGAGAAAACCAACAGGUGAAGCUGAUGGAUUUGUGGAACUCAAACUGCCCUGUCAACUUUGCAGCGUCUGGCGAUACAAACUCACACAAAGAAGAAAUCCCAACAGUCUCCAGCUAUGUUGACAGAAAUACACAGAGUUUAUUUCCAACUUUCUCAACCCGCAUCUGGAACUUGCCAUACUAUUAUCCUUCUGGUUAAAGUGGGAAAGCGCAAGCCGGUCAUAACAUGGGUCGAACUCCUAACAAAUUUUCUUUUGAAAAUAAGAAUUUUCGUUCGGAAAAGAAUCGCAGUAUUUGUGGACUGCAGCAACAGCUGAUUUUCAUGCGGCCAUCAAAUUUGAGAGAAAGGGCAUGUUGGAAAUAUGAACAAAAUUUCUAAUCAAUGAUGGGAGACUUGUACGAAUAUCAAAAAAGAAAAGCACACGAGCUGUGACCUGGAAAGAAAAGAUUCCUGGCCACAAAUUUCUAUUAUGUAGCAACAGGAGGUGAAAUUGAAGGCUUGGUUGGUCGAAUUUAGCAAUCAAUGGUGGCACAAUCGGAUUACAAAAACGCACAAAUUUCUGUAUUUUUUAAAGAAAAUUUGCUUGGAAUUCGACCCAUGUAUUGCCUGCAUUACUAUUAAGAUUGAGAGCAAUUUCAGCCAUUCUUGGCUAAACUGUCACCUCUUUUCCUUAUCACCCCUAAAAACUAUAAUACAGCAAUAGGAUUAGACCACUGGCAUCCGAUGCUGCUAGCGUGCACCAGGUAUUGCAAAUGUGGUUUCAGUGAAAAUCUAUGGACUUCUCCAUUGAAGUCAGAGGAAAAGAGCUACACAUAUAUAGCUUUGUAUCAAAUCCCAGUGAAGACGUGGAGCCUAGCCCAGGCAUUGACCUACUGAAAGCAAUAGUUAUAGGAUUUGAGGACUGUGGCAAAUUAUCAGGAGGGUGAUUGAUGAAUGAAAAUUAUUCAAUUGCUUCCAACCACAAAAAAAAAAA